AUGAUGCUUGCCAGUAGAGUAAGAGCACUUCGUGCUUCCCAAAGAGGCCUGGCAACGGCGAUAAAUACAGAUUCAAUAGUUGCACCAAAGGGAUUUGAAUCUCGUACUCCUCCUUACGCUAAACUUCUGAAAAAUUUGGCUGUCGCCAAAAGGGUCUUGAAUAAUCAGCCAUUGACGUUGGCUGAGAAGAUUCUUUACUCACAUUUGGUCGAACCCGAAGAGCUAGCCGUGGGCAAAGGAUCUACUGCAAACAUUAGAGGUGUUGAAUAUUUCAAACUGAACCCCGAUCGAGUGGCCAUGCAAGAUGCGUCAGCUCAAAUGGCUUUACUACAGUUCAUGACAUGUGGAAUGCCAAACACUGCUGUUCCGGGCUCAAUACAUUGUGACCACUUGAUUGUUGGUAAAGACGGUGCCAAGUCUGAUCUGAAAUCAUCCAUCGCUACUAACAAAGAGGUUUUUGACUUCUUGCAAUCUUGCGGGGAAAAAUACGGAAUACAAUUCUGGGGCCCCGGUUCUGGUAUCAUCCACCAAAUUGUUCUAGAGAACUUUUCCGUUCCUGGUCUGAUGAUGUUGGGUACUGAUUCUCAUACUCCUAACGCUGGAGGAUUAGGUGCUAUCGCAAUUGGUGUGGGUGGUGCAGAUGCCGUUGACGCCUUGACUGGUACUCCAUGGGAACUGAAAGCGCCCAAGAUUUUGGGAGUAAAACUGACUGGUCAGCUGAGUGGUUGGUCGUCUCCAAAGGAUAUUAUUACCCAUCUAGCUGGCCUUCUUACCGUUAGAGGUGGUACCGGAUUCAUUGUUGAAUACUUUGGGGAAGGUGUUAAGUCACUUUCGUGUACUGGUAUGGCCACCAUCUGUAAUAUGGGUGCUGAAAUUGGUGCUACUACUUCAACCUUUCCUAUGCAAGAUGCUCAUUACAGAUAUCUCAGAGCUACUAACAGAGCACCUAUCGCAGAUUUGGCCCGUGAUGUCAACAAAAAUUUUGGUUUUAUGACUGCUGAUGAAGGCGCCCAGUAUGAUCAGGUCGUCGAAAUUGACUUAAACACUUUAGAGCCUAGUGUUAACGGCCCUUUCACUCCUGAUCUCUCCACUCCAAUUUCUAAACUGAGCGAAACUACUAAAGAGAACAAGUGGCCCCAGAACAUUACUGCAGGUCUUAUUGGAUCUUGUACUAACUCUUCAUACCAAGAUAUGUCUAGAGCUGUGUCGAUAAUGAAGCAAGCCGAGAAAGCUGGACUGAAACCAAAAAUUCCUUUCUUUGUCACUCCAGGAUCUGAGCAAAUUAGGGCAACUAUAGAAAGAGAUGGUCUUAUCGAAACCUUUGAAAAGAAUGGAGCUAUUGUUCUGGCUAAUGCUUGUGGACCAUGUAUUGGUCAAUGGGACAGAGGUGCCAAUGCACCAAAGGAUACCAAUGUUAUAUUCACAUCAUUCAACAGAAACUUUAGAGCAAGAAAUGAUGGUAACAGAAACACCAUGAACUUUUUGACCUCUCCUGAUAUUGUCACUGCAAUGAUCUACUCCGGAGACAUGAACUUCAACCCUCUUACACAGACAAUCAAAUUGCAAAACGGCGAUGAAUUCAAGUUCCAGCCUCCUGCUGGUGAAGAGCUCCCCAGUAACGGUUUCAUUGCUGGCCGUGAAGAAUUUUACCCUGAAUUAGAGCCGGUACCCGUACCUGAGGUUCAAGUCGAAGUUUCCCCAGAUUCCGAUAGAUUGCAACUCCUGGAACCUUUUGAAGCCUGGGAUGGUAAAGAGCUUUCUACCACUUUACUCUUGAAGGUUGAAGGUAAAUGUACCACCGACCACAUUUCAGCUGCUGGUGCUUGGUUGAAAUACAAAGGUCAUUUGGAGAAUAUCUCUAAUAACACUUUGAUUGGUGCCCAAAAUAAAGAGACAGGAGAAGUCAAUACCGCAUAUGACUUGGAUGGAACUAGUUAUGGAAUACCUGAACUCAUGAUCAAAUGGAAAAAUGAAAACCGCCCAUGGAUUGUUGUUGCUGAGCACAACUAUGGUGAAGGCUCUGCAAGAGAGCACGCUGCUCUAUCUCCAAGGUUCCUAGGGGGAAAAGCUAUAUUGGUCAAAUCAUUUGCCAGAAUUCACGAGACCAACCUGAAGAAACAAGGUAUGUUGCCAUUGACUUUUGCUAACGAAUCAGAUUACGACAAACUGUCUGCUGGUGACAAAUUGGAAACUACCAAUCUCAUAGAUAUGCUUGAGAAGGGUGGUGACAAUGGGGGUAUCAUUAACAUCAAAGUCACAAAGAGAUCGGGUGAGACUUUUGAAGUUCCAUGUAAGCACACCAUGUCGAAGGAUCAAGUGGAAUUCUUCAAGGCUGGAUCUGCCAUCAACUAUAUUGGUAGAUUGAAGAGGGAACAGCAAUAG